UGUAUAUUCAAUGACCCGAACUUUUCUCUCAGAACACGUUCAGCGACAGACUCAAUGCUUCACAGCUUCAAACUUCGACUCUCAGACAUACUGCGCGUAUUUGGGCCUAGUGUUUUCGUCAUUAGCAUCAUUUUGAACAUCUUCACCAUUCUGCGCUUGCAACACAAGUCUGUCGAUGAUAGACAGUACACUUACAUCGGCGAUGAUCAUCCGAUUGAAUUACCCCUCGACUUGGAAAUCGUCGCAUUGACGUUUGAAGACUCAAAGUAUUACAGUACGUCAGGGCUCACAGCCUGGUCGGAGUGGAAUUUGCUCGAUCAUUUUCCAGAAGGUCACGGAUUCGUGCGUCUGGGACCAAAUGGUAAGCAAUCAUUCACCCUGUUUUCGUCAAUACAUGAGUCAGACGCUUGCCGUUCCCAUAUUCUAUUAGGACGACUGUUUGGUGUCUCGAUGUUUCACCAGAUUCAUUGUCUACAAAUGAUCCGGCUAGCCCUUAUUAACGGGCCCAAUGACCAUAGUGGCCACUGCCUUAACUUCUUGCGACAGGCCAUUCUUUGCAAUUCUGAUACUACCCUUGAUCCAGUCUACAUCAAUGGAUCGAUGGCAGGCUCAGACGGUUUGGGUGUGACUCAUAUAUGUCGAGAUUGGUCACAGGUUUAUGCAUACAUCAAGGAGAACCAGAGGGGUUCUGUGUGGGCAGAGCACAAGACAGAGAUGCAAUCAUAACGCGAAGUCAAGUGGGAGGAUAUGAUCUCGUA